AUGAUGACCUCAUCUAGGCCCCGCGAAGUUGGCGCCAGCUUUGCAGCACGACGUGGACAUGCCAACACUCUUUCGAUAUCUGACCCGAGCCACCACGUCACCGAGGCAAUAGGCACCCUGUACGGCUCAGACGAUGAAUCCGACGUCGAGACCCGGGAUCACCGCAAGAGCCGCCCCUUGAGCUUCCUCUCAUAUGGAGAUGAACAGCUGCCGGGUGCCGCCAAGAACGCGGGCGGCGCCCAGGACUCGAGACAGCCGCUGCAACGAUCCAUCUCGGACAACACGCACGUGGGCUCUCACGAUGGCAGCCCGACUCCAACCCUGUCCCAGCUCACAAUGCCGGUUGGGCGAAGUCCACCGCACGAGAACGGCCCUCCGUCGCCGGGCGGUACCAUGUCUCCCAUGUCUCCCACGCCGUCCUUGCGGGAUAUGCAGGCAGCCGAGUCCUCUAUGCCUAUGACCAACAUCGAUAAUCCAAACGACAUCGCCCAGGAGCUCAGCAAUUUGCAGGCGUUGCGCCGCAUGUCUAUGGACGUGGGACACUCGAGUGACCCCGACCUAAUGCCAUUCCAGGGCAUAGUUCCCAUCCCUGCCAUAGCGCCGACCGGUGACGAUGACGAAGCCGAUCCGUCAAGGCUGCUCUGGGUUCCCGCCAACGUGCACCCGGAGCUGGCGCCAGACCAGUUCAAGAACUUCCUGGAGAGGAGGGUCAACUCCAUGAAGAGGAGAUCUGGGGAAUCCAUCAUGGCGUCGGGGGAGGGCGGCCUGCAGCGGAACAAUUCGUCGAGCUUGAGGCGGACCAAAUCUAAGCUGUCCAGGCAGAUCGACAAUUCUGGUGGUCGCGGAGGCGAGGGCUAUGUGGAUGGGUCUGAAAGGCUCGUACGGCAAAGAUCGGUCGAAGGCUACGCCACGCCGGAACUGAGCCUGGACGAGCUUGUCAGUGAUCCUGCGGCAGCUGUGCAGAAACUGGCACAGGAAGCGGCCGAGGGGACAGGGCCCGGUGACAUGCCCAUCUUGCCAGUCGCGCCUGGGAUGGGACUACGACGCUCGACCCGGACACAAUAUCGGAAAAGUGGCAGCAUGCGCAAUGAUCGCGCGCCUUUUUCAAAACGCAUAGCCCACAGACAGGCAGACAGCCAGGACGAAGCUCUGCCGCCAAUGCCCAAGGUCGAUGCACCCCCCGGCCAUGGCCUUUCCCGCGUACAGUCCGAGCCUCCGAGGACGGAGAACUUCUCAAGACCACAGAGGUCUGUUAAGCGACAGCAAGGCUUCACAAGAGAAGCAGCGUCCCCGAUCGAACCACCGACAGAGCAGUCCUUCGACGACGACUCAUACCAGGCUCACGGCAGAAGCUUUUCCGAGCAGUCAGAGGUGCCGGAGAUUGUUGAGACACCGCCCCCGGCAGAGCAGCCAGAACUAUCAAGCCAAUUCCCAGAGAGGUCCUCUUCCCAAAAGAACCAGGCCCAGCACUCUCAGGACCAGCCACCCUCACCACAGCAGCAGCAUCCCCAAGACAGGGUUGGAGAGCAGCAGACGAGCCGUGCCAACAGACAAGCACCGCCUGGCCGACAGGGCAUGACGCCUAUCUCUCUCGAUAACGUGCCCGGGCCGACCCAGACGAUGAACGAUAUUACGAACCAUCCCUCUGCAAUUCCCGGACCUAGUGGGACCCGGACUGACAACCUCACCUUUAUACCGACCUUUUCCGACUCUGAAAAGAAGAAAAAUAAGGACAGCGAUAGCGAGUCGACUAAGUCAAGUAAGGGCUGGAAGUGGUUCAAGAGCGAGGAUAAGCAGAAGAAGGAAAAGGAAAAGGAACGGGAAGAACAGGCAAAGAAAUCCAAGGCCAAGGCAGCAGCCGAGAAGCCGCACGAGAACGCUCGCCUGGAUGUCCUCCAAAGUUCGAUCGAGAACGUAGUCACCAAGGGCCGGGAGAGUCUGCUCCUGGACCGGGACACUAUCGAUAACAAACUGCAAGAGGAGCGCAAGAAGGAAAGCAGCCGCAAGUCCUCUGACGGAAGGAAGGACAAGGACGGAUUCUUUGGAUCCAUCUUUGGUGGCAAGAAGAAGUCAGACAAGGACACUCCAAGCAAAAAGCACCAGCAGCGCGCACUUUCACCCGAACCACCCCCAAGAGUGCUGAAGCCCGACGUCGAUUACCCCUACACGCGAUUUCCCAUACUCGAGGAGCGAGCCAUCUACCGCAUGGCGCACAUCAAACUUGCUAACCCCAAGCGAAAUUUGCUCUCCCAGGUGCUGCUCAGCAACUUUAUGUAUUCUUAUCUGGCUAAGAUCCAGGCCAUGCACCCUCAGAUCCAAGUGCCUGCGUCGCCGCAGCAAAAGCGCCAGGAAGAGGAGAGGCGUCGCAAGGAGCAGGAGGCCCAGCAGCAGGCAUACAUGGAGCAGCAAAUGUCGCAGCAAUCGGCCCAGAACAGCAUCGACCAGUACAACUUUGAGUACCACCGGUCUUCCAACCAGUAUGGCGACUCAGAGAACGAUUACGUCGAUGAAAACCAAGAGCCGUACGACUAUGAGCAGGGUCGCGGCCAGGGCUACGAUGGCCAGGGCCAGAAUGGCGGCUAUGGGUAUGGGCACGAUGCUUACGGGCAGCAACAACAGCAGUAUUAUGAUGGCCAUGAUCCGCAACGGCGCCAGGACGACAACGAUAUGUGGUGA